AUGGCCAACUAUCGAUCAGAUCGUCAUGUUAUUCGUCCAGGUGUUGGGAAUUUGAAUGCGUUCAAUCCAUUCAUCCCGAAGAAAUCGAAAACGACUAAUCUUCAUUACGAACAUGCCAAACUAUUUUCCCCACAAGAUAUUAGAAAUCAUAUCCUAUCAUCAAGGAAAAUUUUAGCUGUGAUGGACAGUUGGCAAAUCAGUAAUGAACUCGGAAAAGAAUUGGACGAUUCUGUCUACACCGUACUAAAAGCGACUUUUGGAGAAAGGAUGAGCACUAAUUUCUUCAUGCUUAUCGAUAGUAUGUACGGUGCACACGUUCGAAUUGUACAAGAAACUGGCCAAUCACUUGAUGACGUCAAAGCUACGGUGAAUAGUUAUAUUCAGGAAAUUGAGCAUAGGCAAGGAGAAUUAUCUACUAGAGUUAUGCUUGUCUUUAUGACAAAGGUUAUAUGUCGAAUCGUUGAAGAAAUAUCGGUCAACAAGUCUGGUAUUAAUGAGUUGAAAGCAGUCAUGCAGGAUUCACCUGUUAUUUUAGCGCCUGUACACCGGAGUUAUGCCGACUUCAUAUUAGUUUCAUACGUUCUACGCGCUUGCGGCGUUCCUAUACCAGCUAUUGUUGCUGGCCAAGAUUUCUCCCGGAUGGCUGGUGUUUCUAUAAUAUUGCGAAGAUGUGGAGCCUUUUUUAUGCGCCGAAGCUUUCUGGGAAAAGAUCGAUUAUAUUGGACGAUAUUCAAUGAAUACCUUACCACAAUUCUUUGUUACGGCGAUCUUCCGGUAGAAAUUUUUGUAGAAGGGACCCGAAGUAGAACUGGGAAAUCACUACCGCCAAAAAGAGGGUUACUAAAAGAGGCGGCAAGAUCAUAUUUUGAAUGUAAAGUACCAGACAUCAAAAUUUGCCCAAUAAGUAUAACCUACGAAAAGGGAUUGUUAAAAGCAAGAACGAUAUUAUCGGAAAAUUUUGGUAAAAUACAUGUUCAUUUUGGACAUGUUAUCUCAAUGAGAGACUAUUGCCAACAAUUCGAAAUUGAUAGAUCUAUCCAUACAUUGCACCCAAGGCAUUAUGGUAACGAUGCCGACCCGGAGAGUCAUUGUGUUAAGCAAUUGUCUUAUCACUUGAUUGAUCGUCAGCGAGAAAACCUGCUUUUAACUGGUUGUGCGUUAUUAUCGACAAUCAUCCUACAGCAUGAUGGUGGCCUUCAAUUCGAUGAUGCCGUUGCCGAAGUGCAGUGGCUUAGAACUGAAAUUGCUAGGAUAAGAGGGGAUAUUGCAAUUUUAGGCGGUGAAAAAGACGAUUCAUGCAAUGUCAAAAGGGCUUUAGGUCUAAUGCACGAGGUUUUACGAUUGACAUCUGAUGGACUUAUUGUAGUUAAAAGUGAAUAUAAUAAUUCUAACAAGGCAUUAAAGGGUUCCGAACGUCCAUUAUUAAUCUAUGACGCAGUCUUCGCUACUGCUGCUGAUCAUGUAGUAUUAGCAAGACAUCGCAACAAAAUUUUACAUUUAUUUGCGCUACAAGGAUUAUUAGCUGUAGUUCUUUGGAAUGAAAGUAAAGCUGGAGAGUUACCAGUUAAUAUCGAUGUGGCAUUGGAAAAUUUUCAAUUAUUAAAUAAAUUAUUUAAUGACGAAUUUGUCAUAACAUGCGAUGACAAAUAUGAGGAAGCAUUUCACAGAGCUAUACGGUUACUCCGUGAAAGUAACGUAUCUCUGAAUGUUAGCUCGUCAUCGAUUCAUAUUACAUCAGAAGGUCACAGACUUGUCGAAUUCUUAUGUGAAUUAAUACGUCCAUUUAUCGUGGCCUAUUGGAUUACUUGUCAAUACGUUCUAACGAAUCUUGACGGUCAUUUGGAGUUUUCCCUUAAAGCAUCGUGCCAAGGAGCGCAACAGUUAGCUAUAGACUAUAUAAAUGGAGGACUUUCGAAGUAUUACGAAGUACUAUCUUUAUCGUUAUACAGCAACGCUUUUAAAGCACUUCAUGAUUGUGAUGUCAUUAAAAAAUCUCUAAGGAAUGACAAAGAAGUAAUUAGUAUUAACAAGUUAAAGAAGCAUUCUUUAAUUAUGAUAUUCAAUAAAUUAGCUGAAUAUGGAAAUUUGAAGCAACAUGAAAAAAGUAAACUUCCAGUUAGAAUUUAUUCGAAGUAUUAA